UGUUUUGGUUCUGAUCCGUGCCGCAGCCGGCUGUGCCUCAGAGCCGCCCCUGCCCGCUCGAGGCUUCCUUCCCCAGUGACCGCUACCGAGCCAACUGCCUGUGCGUCGAAGGGAGCGGCAGGUCUUGGCGGCUGUGGCGCUAUGCUUGCCGCCUUCGCAGGGAAGUGCCUGGGGGGGCUGCUGCUGCUUUGCCUCUACCUCAGUCUCUCGGGCGGGAGCUCAGCAGAUCCAGCUAUGACAACACAAGAUGCAAGCAGUCAGUCUCAGGCAAACUCUUUGACUAAUAUGAAGAAUGAACUUAAUGAGUCAUUUCCUGAACCCAUGGCAACUACACAAAUUGUCAGUUGGCAAACGCAGGGGUGCCCUUCGGAUCCUGUGACACUUGGACAUGAAGUGUCUGUACCUGGUCCAAAUCUUGCCACAAAAGAGUCCAGGCAGACAAGCAAUCAGAGUAUUACUUCUGUGCAGUAUGAGUUACUCCUACCUGGUGCUUCUGGUACUUCUGUGGAAACAACUAUCAGUUUGGAAAAGGUAGUUGAAGUUGAACUUACUUGCAUAUUGGACAAGGAGUAUUCUUAUUUGAAAAGUUUUCAAGUGUCCUGGAAGAGGGGAAAUGAAACAAUCAGUCAUACCAAUAAAACUGAUAACAGCUGGAGCAUCAAAGUUAGUGUCUCGGAUAGCAGUAAGUUGGGAAGUUACAACUGUACCCUGAAAGGUGAAAAAGAGCUCAGUGGUAUUUUUCACUUACAAGUACCGAAAAUUAAAGGAAAAGAAAAACCCACAAUCAGUUACCUUAGAGAUACAGCUGUAAUGACUUGUGAAUGUCCUGGCUAUACAGCCAUUUCUUGGACCUGGUAUAUGACCAAUGGAAGUAAACAGAUUGUCAUUAAUGAGUCUUUGCUGACAGACAGGUAUGUAAUUAGUAAAAAGUCUGCCAGUAUAACCCAGCUGAAGAUACUGAAGCUCACCAAGGAGGAUGGUGGUGAAUAUUGGUGUGAAGCUGCUUUUGAAUUAGGGAAAAGUGAAGGAAGACUGGAGCUUAAAGUUCUGUCCUUCAUGGCACCUCUCAAACCCUUCAUCGCAAUUGUGAUUGAAGUUGUUAUUUUAGUAGCUCUCAUUGUCUGUUAUGAGAUAUAUUCAACAAAAGUAAAACGUACAGAAGCCGAAAAAGAGUUUGACCAAAUUGAGCAUCUUAAAUCAGAAGACGGUGGUCUGGAAAGCAGUGAAGCUAGGCAGAGAAGAAUUUGAUCUGGUGCCUAAAAAGAAGAUUUAGGGCAGCAGAAAUGGAAAUCAUCACAAAGCUACAGAAGUAUGCAGCUGUGCAUUUUAAACAUCCACUAUGCUUCUAAGUAAACUCCUCUACACUUUAAGAAAAUAAGAUGCUUUUAAAAUAGCUGUGAAACUGUUUAUUUUAUACAGAUAAUAAUGUAUUCCAAUGUACUGCAUUUAGAUCUCUGAUGUCUGUAACAUUUGUAAUUUUACUACUAAAAGGCUUUUUUUUUUUUAUGUGAUUAGACUUCCUGUUGUUUGACUGAUGUGUUUGAUUUUAUGUUCUAAAUUGGAACUAACUUUGCAUUCACUGAGUGAACAGAUGAUAUAGAAUGGGCCUGUAAGUGUUACAAGGCUGGACUUGUAAGAUCAAAAAAGUAAUUCCACCAAAGAAAAUGCCUUUUACUAGAAGAUGAAGCGAAUGUGACACAGCCAUUUUUUACAAGAGAAAUUGUCAAAGGGAAAUCUUUAUCAUUAUUUAAAUUACACAUUAACAGGUUUGCAGUUUGCUCUGAGCAGUAAAAUGUCUUCGUUCUGACUUUUCUUAGCUUCACUUAAAUGAGGAAGAUAGGUACAUUCUGAAUACUUAAGAUGCGAAUUUGCUGAAGAUGUCCUGCCACAUACAUGUACUGCUAUACUGUAAUUCUGAAUAGGCUAAAUACUUACAUACUGUGCAGAUAAGAUAUUUUAGAUUAUUCCAGAGUAGAUGAAAGAAGCAAAGGGGAUACAGUACCAUAUCCGAAGAAACUGAAAUAAUUCUUUACGCUUGUAAAAUUACUGCAGGAUCUGGGGGCUGCAAACCCAGUUUUGUGAUUAUACAGAGCACAGAAAUUUCACAAAUACAGCUAUGGGGUUCUUACGUCCUGUCUACUUGAUACAGUUUCCUUCUUGCAGCAUGCUGUAUUGUUCCUUGAACUCUUCUUAAGGCACAGAGUAGGUCUUGAGCAGCUAAAAUUUUCGGAGUAUUACGAUAAAGCAACAUGAGUACCACUAGUUCUCUUACACACAAAAUUGUGACACUGCUGUUAUGACUUAAGAUACUGCUUUAGAAGAGGUAGUUGCCAUAAUUCUAAAUAUACCAUUUACUUAUACAAUCAGCAAUUGAAAAAGGUGCAGCUAAUAGAAUAUCAGUUGAUUGCCUUAGUUGCCUUUUCUUGCUAAUCUAAAAGAAAAAAAAAGAAAAACUUAAAUUUUAAGAAGGG